AUGUGGGGCUUCCUUCCGUGGUGGCAGCUCCCUGCUGAUGAUCUAGAGAGGGAGCAGUGUGUGGAUCUUGUCUUGGAGUAUCAGCCCCUGCAAACGGGUGAGAGCAGUGGGCAGCUGGUGCUCCAGAGCAGCGACUUGGGCUCUCUGUUUUACACCCUGCAGCUGAAAGCCACCUGGAGCAGGCCAGAGAAGCCCGUGUAUUUCCGCACCAGGCUGGGCUCCCGUCAGACCAUCACCACCAAAAUACGGCAUUUUGCCCAGCAGAAGACCGAGUACCUCGUACAGACCGACUGUGCUGACUUCCAGACAGCAAAAUCCAUCAGUGCGGCACCCGCCAGUGCUGGGGGCUCGGACCUGAGCGUGGAAGUGACCUUUGAGCCCUGCCACCUGGGCGAAGCCAAGGCCACGCUGCAGCUCAGCUCUGCAUUGGGCGGGCAGUACUGCAUCCCACUCAUCGGCCUUGCGCUGCCCCCUGAAGCCCAGGGCCCCUUCCUCAUCCCAGCCGGCGGCACCACCUCCAUCUCCUUCAGGAACGUCUUCCGGAAGGCCACGGCGUUCCAAUACGCAGUGAAGCACCCGGGCUUCACCGUCAGGGCCCCCGAGGUGCUGCGCGCCAAGAGCAGCACCACCAUCACCGUCUCCUUCGCGGGCGGCCCGGCUCCUGUCACCAGCAGGCUGGUGGUCUCCUGCCCUGGGGGCUCCUGGAUCUACCACCUCCGGGGCCUGCCCUCCCCCCGCAAGUGAGCAGCUGCCCCCGGCCCU